UGCCAUCACACCGGGCACACCAUUCCUUUCACGGUGCUGCAUCGGCCAUUCAUAGAGGAAGCACCCACUUCUGCUAUUAUUUCAUCAGUCAACAACAGCUAGACCUUCAAGAUGCCUCCGCAGGGUCGUGUUGCUCGUACCCGCCUCGCCGGCACAGAGAACGACGAGAACAGCGGUACGACGCGUCUUACACGGGCGCAGGCCGCCGCUCUCAAAGUCGAUGAGCUCGCCACUGCCUCCAAGGCCACUCUCCAAACGAAAAAGUCCACAAUUAACGGUGCUGGCACCACCAACACACGGAAACGCGCCGCAUUAGGCGAUGUCAGCAAUGUUGGAAAGGCAGAUGGUGUUGCUGGAAAGAAGGCCAAGGCGGGGUUGGUCUCCAAGGCUGCUCAGCCUACCGGUAUCGAGAAGAAGACCUCGCGAUCCACUCGAACUGCUCUUAACCCCAAGCCUGUCAACGGCAAGACAGAGCGAUCUGGCCAUGGUACUAUCAAGGCUGCUGCGAAGCCCAAGGCCCCCGCAUCCCUCGCCACAAAGCCCAAGGCUCCCGUCGACGAGAACAAGCAGCCUUCAGUUCCCGAGCGUGAGAGAUCAGAGACGCCCCAAGAGCCUGAGGUCGUAAAGGCCGAGCCCGUUGCUCAGGCUGAGCCCGAGGUUAAGGAUGGACAGGUGUACCCUCCUGGUGUCAAGGACUUGGACAGUGAGGAUCUUGAGGACCCCCUGAUGGUUGCCGAGUACGCCAACGAGAUUUUCGAGUACCUGAGAGACCUCGAGGUCAAGUCCAUCCCCAACCCUGACUACAUGGACCACCAGGACGACCUCGAAUGGAAGACGCGCGGUAUCUUGGUCGACUGGCUCGUCGAGGUUCACACCCGCUUCCACCUCCUUCCCGAAACUCUCUUCCUGGCUGUCAACAUCAUUGACCGUUUCCUGUCUGCCAAGGUUGUCCAGCUUGACCGCCUUCAGCUUGUCGGAAUCACGGCCAUGUUCAUUGCCUCCAAGUACGAGGAGGUUCUUUCCCCCCACGUCGAGAACUUUAAGCGCAUCGCGGACGAUGGUUUUAGCGAGGCUGAGAUUCUGAGCGCCGAGCGAUUUGUUCUCAGCACCCUCAACUAUGACCUCAGCUACCCCAACCCAAUGAACUUCCUACGACGAGUCUCGAAGGCGGACAACUAUGACAUCCAAUCUCGCACCAUCGGCAAGUACCUCAUGGAGAUCAGUCUUCUGGACCACCGAUUCAUGCGUUACCGACCAAGCCACGUUGCCGCCGGUGCUAUGUACCUGGCGCGACUCCUCCUUGAUCGUGGUGAAUGGGACGAGACCCUUUCAUACUACGCUGGCUAUACCGAGGAUGAGAUUGAGCCUGUUGUCAACCUCAUGGUUGACUACCUCGCUCGUCCCGUCGUCCACGAAGCAUUCUUUAAAAAGUAUGCUAGCAAGAAGUUCUUGAAGUCGUCCAUCCUCUCUCGCCAAUGGGCCAAGAAGAACGCUGUUCUUUUCGGCAUCGACGACAUCGAGCUGACCCUUGAUCAAAUAUCAUGAACACCCUCCACACUUGGCAACCUCGAUCGCCCCCUCCCCCUCGGGCAACCUGGAAGUUAGGAUACAUGCUUCUGUCUGGAUUAUGUCUCAUGGGCGGCUUAUGACGUUAAUACACACCCAACGCCCGCUUGGUCACGGGCCAUCACGAUACCUCGACACUUACCAAUGGGGCGAUGAGGGGCGCUAAAGAGCUCCCACUGCCUCUGGAUUCACAUUCUCGCUGUCUGCUACAUGGACAGCAUUGCAUUUUUCGAUUGUCUGGUUAUUGAACACUGCUGUUGUAAGGAAUUCGGCUUCAUACAUGGCGCACGGAGUCACGGGCGAAGGAAGUUCAGGGCAUGAUUUGGCAGGUUGGAGUUGGGCUACGCCUUCUUAGGGCACCUGGCCUGGAGUAAUGGAAGCUAUCUGUCCGCGACUGGACCGUUGACGAGCUGAGCUGAGCUGCGCUACGCUUGCGCCUGGUGAUUGGAGGAAGAUUGUCUUGUCAAUGGCUCAACUGUGGGACGUCUCUGGAUGGCUCUCGUUGCAUCUUGGCUGUUUGUUGUCUUGGGAAGUACCCGUGAAUGAAAAUUGUACAUAUACCAUGACCGGAAGACGGAAGGAGCCGACACAGUCGGAAUGAAGUUUACAUUUGAGCGAU